AUGCGCGACUACGUGGUAGUAGAGAGCAGGGCUGCGGGCUCACGUGGCGCACGCGCCGCCGCACGCGCCGAGAAGGCGGCGGAGAGGCAGAAGGCGGAGCGCCGCGCCAAGGGCAAGGCAUUCUGCCACCGCGCCGCGGUCAACGGGGUGGAGAGCGGGGUCCCGGAAGGAGACCGGGUAGCGUUCGAGUGGAAGAUGGACGAGGGGGAGCUCUUUCACGAAUGCCUCGAAAUCAGCCCGGACGCCCGUUCAGGCCAGGCAGGCUGCAGCCCAAACGCAAACCCCCAGGAUGUCGCUCCUCUUCUCUCUCCGCUUCUUUUCUACAGAAACGGAGACUCGAUAGUGAGGGGAAAGAACCAGAAAACGGGAAAGCAAAACAACUCCCCCGAGCGGCGGUUUUUCUUCUUUCGGGGCCAUUUUGUAAUCAUUUUCAAUGCGCUCACCGUCGACCGGGCGCGGGCGCUGCUGCGCGGCGGCGCGGACUCUUCAGCCGGCGACCCUUCUGCCCUCGAGCGGGCGCGCGUCCUCUGCGCGUGGAACGAGUCGGAUCCGACUGCUGCGGCCGUCGGCUCCACAGUCGAGAUCCGCUCUCUCGUCUCGCGGCCCUCGAUGAACGGCAAGGUCGGCGUCGUCGUCUCCGCGAGCGCUUCGACGGCCCGCUUCGGCGUGCGCGUGGCGGGCGAGGCCAAGGCACUCGCACUGAGGCGCGCUAUGGUCCCUCCCCCACUCGCCGGAUCCUCUCUUUGGACACGCCCCACGCCUCUGCCCUUCCCCAGGCCGGCCAACCUGGAGCCAGCGGCGGUGGAGGUGGGCAGGCUCAUCCUCAAGGCGGCGGAGUGGUCGCCGCAGUCGCACGAGCUCUUCCCGGAGGCGGCUCGCAAGCGGGCGGUCGAGGUGAUGCGGCUGGGCUACCUGAUCGCGUGGGACGAGGAGCGCUUCGAGGGCCGCGAGGGUGCGGCUCCGGAGCUGGCGGACAUCUGGCGCGGCUUUGUGCUGCCAACGGUGGUGGCGCGAUGA